GCAGAAGAAGGAGCAGAACCUGCUUAGAUUGAGGAGAGACAGCAAUGAAUUCCAAACAUCAGUAUGUGGAGCUCAGUGAUGGCCACUUCAUUCCUCCAAUGGGCUUAGGCACCUACAAACUUCAAGAGGUUCCUAAUAGUAAGGUAACAGAGGCCACCAAAAUAGCUAUAGAAGCUGGUUUCCGCCAUAUUGAUUGUGCUUAUGUAUACCAAGUAGAAGAGGAGGUAGGAUUGGCUAUUAGAAGCAAGAUUGCGGAUGGCACUGUGAAGAGAGAAGAUAUAUUCUAUACUUCAAAGCUAUGGUCAACUUUUCAUCAACCAGAUCUGGUCCAGUCUUGUUUAGAAAGAUCACUGGAAAAACUUUGCUUUAACUAUGUUGAUCUCUACCUUAUUCAUUUACCAAUGGCAAUGAAGACAGGGGAAGAGCUUUAUCCAAUAGAUGAAAAUGGAAGAAUUAUAUAUGACUCAGCAGAUCUCUGUGCCAUAUGGGAGGCCAUGGAGCAGUGUAAGGAUGUAGGAUUGGCCAAGUCCAUCGGGGUGUCCAACUUUAACAGCAGGCAGCUGGAGAUGAUCCUGAAUAAACCAGGCCUCAGGUAUAAGCCUGUGUGCAACCAGGUAGAAUGCCAUGUUUAUCACAAUCAGAGGAAACUGCUGGACUUCUGUAAAUCAAAAGGCAUUGUUCUGGUUGCCUAUGGUGCUCUUGGGACUCAAAGAUACCAAGAGUUUGUUGAUCAGAGUGCCCCAGUUCUCUUGGAUGAUCCAGUUCUUGGUGCCUUGGCAAUAAAACACAAGCAAUCUCCAGCCCUGAUUGCCUUGCGCUACCAGUUGCAGCGUGGGGUUGUGGUCCUGGUCAAGAGUUUCAAUGAGAAACGGAUCAAAGAGAACAUUCAGGUUUUUGAUUUUGAGCUGACUGCAGAGGACAUGAAAGACCUAGAUGGCCUGAACAGAAAUUUUCGAUAUCUUCCAAUGAUGCUUGCUGCUGACCAUCCAAAUUAUCCUUUUGCUGAUGAAUAUUGAUAUGGACACCUUCGUCAUAUCUUCUACUAGUGUCUCCCACCUUGACAGAAAUGUGUGAGAUGACUAAGGUACUGAUGAUUGGAUGCAUCACUUCUG